ACCAACUUGGCGGCUUUGUAUUGCUUUACAGAUUAGUCAAUGAUAAGGCGCUCUCGUUCUUGCAAGCUCCAGCUCCACGCAUUGUCGUUGCGUAAUUCUCGACGUGCCAGGCAGACGUAUGCAUAGCCAGUGGAUAGGUGGGUAGGUAGUAGGCAGGCAAGCCGAUUGUAGGAAGAAAAAACGAGGGAGGGGGAAUUGUGGGUAUGGAUGGAAGAGUAGAGGGGGCCGUGCAUUUUAGCGACUCGUGGCUACAGACAGAGCUGGCAGCGGUACAACAAGCCAAAGCGCAACCUGCCUGUGCGUCGAGAGAGGAGCGUUUUUAACCCCCCAAAUAGUAGGAUUAUGCGGCAAAAGGACGGAUAGCGGAUCGCGUUAUUAACUGCGUGAAUACGACCUCGAAGCUUUGAAUUUUGCUGCAAAGGACGACAUCAGAUCAGGAGGCACAGAGAAAGAAGCAGGUACGUUUGGCAAGGCACAGGAGUGGAAACAUGUCUUGACCAUCCAGGACCCAGAAAUACCAGUCAGACCAUAGAGGACCAUGGCGUCAAUGUUGCUAUUUGUCUUGGGACUCUACCUCAUCUCUCUUGCCUCUUCAAAUGCACAGACUCUCAUAGGCACCUCUUCCUCUUUCUCCUCCUCACUCAACCAAUCUGGGACUUCCUCACCACAUCCCACCAAAGAAACAAUACGAUUCUGGCCCCCUUUUCCCACUAGGGGGCGCAGCGAUGUCCCUAUUAGAGCUACACUGCGAGAUGGGCUAUCCAAUUCAGUACAGCCAGGAUCGAGAUUGGCACAUCCCACUACUCCUUCAAGGGCUUUAAUAAAAUCAACAUUAAACCCAAGCAGUGGUCCCAUUGUAAACCAAACCAGCAUUACAAGACCAAGGACAGAUACAGCAAGUUUAGCUAUCAUCAGCGCUAAAGCUAAGUUAGAUUCUACUACAAAGGGAACAACUAUAGCUCGACCUACAUUGGAUGGUGCCUCUAUUACUGUAGCAACAUAUAAAGGACUUGACACAGAUUUGCAAGGUUUGGGGUCAGGAAAUGCCCCAACAACCAAAGAUGAAAAUGUACCUCCUCCAAGAACAUAUGGAAGUGGACUGGCGCAGUACCAACCACCAGUACAGACAGUACCCUUUGAAGGGACAUUGGCAACAGUGGUAGAUAUGUCUACAUUGACACGAUUGACAGAGAAGUCUGAAGUUAUAAAAAGCACAACAACAGCAAAGAAAGAAGACAGGAUAACAGAAUCUCCUGUGGUGACGCAAGCAACGCCUCAAAUAGUAGUGUUUGCAGGUGAAUUAACUGCCAAUGCUCCAUCAUCUGACAUAAGCCCAACAAUAAAAAAAAUAGCUCCACAAACUACAACAACCACAACAACAACUACAAGGCAAGAAACUACCGCAAGAUACAACAUUAUCACUGAUCUGAAAACCACAUCAAUAGAAGUGACAACACCAAGUGCUUCUACUACUACUACUACUACUUCAACCACUACUAGGAGAGCAGUACAAAUAUUGCCCAAAAUAUUCAAUCCCUCCAACAAAACUGCCCCAACAAGACCAUCCAUGAAUCCAACAAGUCCUCAGUUAACCAGGACAGGGACAUCUUCCUUUCUUACCACUGGUGUCGCACCCGGGACAAGGCCACGGUUGAGUCCCACAUACCAGACUGCUGUAAGCUUUAGAAACCGCUCCUACCCUGUGGGCCGCCCGCACCACCCUCCGACGGUAAACUCAGGCCCCUUUCCCACUAUAGUUCCAGCCAACGGAACCUUCCUGUAUUGGGGAGACCUGAGCCGGACUCUGGCUUUUGUCUGGGAGCUACACGUCUAUGGAACAGCCAGCCUUUUCCUGCUCCUGUUUGCUGGGGCUGCCCUUGGUCUCACCCUUUCUCCUGGUGCUAACUGCCCACAUCACGGGGCUCUGGCUUUGGCUAACAUUCUCUUGUUUGUAGCAGGGGGCAUCAGAGCUACGUUCUUUCUAACUGACCCAUAUGGUACACGUAAAUUCCUCCCUCGUCCUGCAGUCAUAGCCCUGUACAACCUCCCUUUACACUUACUGGUGUGGACUCAAGCGACCAUGCCGAUACUGGCUAUGAAGGCAGCAGGUGUGAGUUUAUUCCCUCCUACUCUUGAGCGUCCUCCAUUGGUGGCUGUGCUGGCUGUGUUGCAGUGCACCCUCCUCCUUGCGGCUGACCUGCUCUCACCAGCCCUGUCCCCAGUGGUACCAGUCACGUUGCAGUUUUUGUCUCUGUGCUGGGGGUUGGCUGUCUGUUUUGUGUUUCUGUGCUACAUUUUCCCCCAGAUUCGCUGCCCUCAUCUUCCUCAUGCAGCACUUCCUGAUGAGUCCCGGAGGAAAGCUUGGACUGGGAGCAGGAGGCUGGUGGUCAUUCUGGGCAGAGUGUUGGCAGUGUGUGCAGUUUUAGGGGCUCUGUGCUGCUUUUUGCAUGCUUAUGCCACGCUCUGGCUCUAUGGGGUGCUGGGGGAGUGGACCCGCUUUAACUGGGGGUGGUGGCUGGUGCACUUCUGGGCUCGACUUCUGGAGCUGGCCUGGGGCUUCUCUCUCCUUCUGCUAGCCUCCUGGCUCUUUUGGAAGCCUCAGAGCUUUCGGGGCAGAGAUGAGGCAGGGACAGAUGGACGUGGUGCAGGAGACAUGUCCUCUGCUGGGCAGUCCACUGCGUCAGCACAGAGACACACCUGCUGGUCCAAGAUUGUUCAAAGCCUGAAAGGAAAGCCCUGCAGAAAGUCUGAGAGUAAUGGGGUAGGGUCAGCACAAGGGGAUGUGCCUAAUAACUGGGCAGGGCAGGACCGCUCUGCGGCCGACAUCAGUAAGAGCCUUAUCAGGAACCAGAACCAGACCCCAGCCACAACAGGACCCAUCAAAGACAACAACCGCAGGGCUCACUCAGCAGAGCGCGGUGUUUCUGAUGACUCCUCUGGAUCUCAGCUCCGUCUGCAGCAGUUCACUCGACCCCCUCAGCGCUCUGUCAGUGGGAGCCAGGACAUAGACAGAGACACCUCAGUCUCUCUUUAUGAGUUUGAUCUGAGACCCCCGUCCCCCAUCGAUUUGACCCGCAGCAUCGACGAGGCGCUGCAUAGAGAACAUCUGGUGACAGGAGGCAGUUUGUUCCACCCUCCACUCUCUCAGACACCCUCCCCAGGCUCGGGACUCAGCCAGGGCCCAUGGCUACGCAGGAACAGUGACCCUCAGCUUUCUGAGAGUAGUGACGCCACAGAGUCAUCUAUGCCACUAGGGGGCAGUGUUAUGAGCAGUGUUCCCAGUAGGCAGGUCACAGCGCCCCCUACACCUUCUCACCAGGGGCACAAAUGGGCAGGAGCAUUGGGAAGUGUUCCAUCUUCUGUGUCCUGCCCUGUGUCCCUCCGUCCAUCCAGAACGUCAUCAGGACGCCUGGAGGAGGAUGUAGUGGACGACACAAGGCCCUUCAUUACCCCAGACUCAGACAGGGGGCACCGUCGAUCUACACGUCCAGCAGGCUCGCGAAGUUACCUUGAAGUGUGCCGACAUGACGACUCUGCCAGUGUGAGCAGUGAGAUCAUUGACCUAUGAGCCACACCAUGGGAACCUCCAACACAUUUAACAAUGCUUUUAUUAGCUUUCAAUUAUUUUAGGUGGUAAAAUAUCCAAAAGCAAUUGUGGGAUACUUAAAGUAUCACCAACCUGCCUUUCAACUUUUUGCAGAGCAUAGCAGAUGUUAAACAUGAUACUUUUACUCUGGGAGUAAAACAUGACAUAACCUUUGACCAACUGUCGAGCUGCAUCUCACACUGGUAUCAUACGACACUGGGACAUUGAAGUAUUUUAAACAAUAGUAAUAUAUGCAUAUCUAUCUGUCAAAACUGCAUCUCUAUACUGUACACUGCAUAGAUCCAGGAGAUUCAUGUCCUGUUUUUGUUUGCUUAUUGACAAUGUGCCAUAUAUUGUUGACACAUAAUUUUAUCAGAUCAGGUUUAUGUUCUUCAUUAACAUGCUGCCACUGUCUGUCUUUAUGCAGAUGGUUACACAGGCACAGGACAUUACACACAACAAAAACAUCUUUACUACAGCACAACUGAAUAUAAUCGUGUUAUAUACUGUCUUUCCUUUGCACAAAAUAGUAAGAUUCACACAGCCAUUGAAAAAGAAGUCUUCUCUCAGUUUUGCCCAGUACUUUGCAAAUACUACCUAACAAUACUAAAGCCUAUGACUGCAUUUUGGGAAAAGUAUGUUAAACAGUAUAUAUUCUAUAGCAAUGUGAUCUUGUAAAUGCUGCACAUCUAGGAAAGGCUGCCCUGUAAUACCAUAGCAUGAUAUAGAAACAGCACUUACUAUACGCCUGAGCACUCCACAGAAAUAUUAAAAAAAAUAUAAAUCAUGCAACAAUGUAAAUAGUGUUAUUUUUGUACAUAAUGAGAAGUUAUUGAAGAUAUGGGUGUAAUCCUCCUAACUGUGAAAGACAAUCUGAAUUCUGGAGUGAAAGGCCUGUAUAGGUUAUGUCAAAGGUGUCUGGGCUGUGCUCAGUAUUGUUUAAAUAACAAAAGUUAUUUAGACUUUGUCUUAAUAAAGAGUUGAUUUUUUCCUGCUUAGAUUUCUUCAGUCCUAUCAUUGUGUGUUAUUUCUCAUGAACCAUCAUUUACUGAUGCUUGUUUUUACAGUGUGAUUGUUAGUUGUUGCCUUGGAUCUUUGUUAUGAAAUAUAAUGUACAGUAUUUUGACUACUAGUAAACAAACUAGAUAAACCUUAUUUUGGAAUAAGACCUUUUUCCCCUCUGUGAGCCAUCCCCCAGAUUGGCCAGUUUGUCCCUGUGCGAUGCUUGAAUUGUAAUUGCAUUAAUGGCCUUGUGUUGUUUACAUUCCAGUGAGCCUUCCUGCUUGUACCUGCUGUUUGCUCUUAACUGUGCAGCAGGAGAGAGACCUGUAGAUGAUGUCACCCAAACACCUGGAUGUGCCAUAGAAACGCUGUCAGAGAUGCUGUCAGUGUGGUCAGUGCAGACGUACAGUGUUAGAUCUGUUCAGUUCAUUCAGUUUCUGUUUAAUGUUGCUGCAUUUAUGUUUGAUUGAAA